UGGACUAGGUGGCAACGCUGCUACAGUGCUGACGUUCGGCAAAAAGAGGAAACGUAGUAAAAACACUCGAAAAACUCCGUAUAUUCUGAUAAAUAUCCAGAUAGUACGGCUUGUGCGUGACCCGCCGAUCCGAAGCGUGUGGCAAAGAAUCGCUGACACGGCCACGUUGUGACUACAUCCCGAAGAAUUAAAGGCAGAAGGUCGGCUACUCCAACCGUUCGUUGGCCACCCAAAUUCGAGAUGAUCCUUCUCUCCGGUCUUUCGCCGCUCCUGGGCGUAAUCCUCUUGCACCUGGCGACCCCGAUACAGGCGUUCUAUCUGCCCGGACUGGCACCGGUUAAUUUCUGCAAGAAAACCGACGUCUCAUCCACAUGCAAGUCGGAAAUCUUGUUGUACGUGAACCGCUUAAACACUGAGGAAUCGGUAAUACCUUACGAGUACCACCACUUUGACUUUUGUUUGGGCGAAGAGCAGAACUCUCCGGUCGAGAAUCUCGGCCAAGUGGUGUUCGGGGAGAGAAUACGUCCAGGACCCUAUAAAAUUCAGUUCUUGGAAAAUCAGCAAUGUGCGGCCGCAUGUGUCAAGACAUACAAAGGAGACGAUCCGGGUAGCAACCGACGCAUGAUGGUUCUUAAGAAGGGCAUCAGCUUGAAUUACCAACACCAUUGGAUUGUGGACAACAUGCCGGUUACAUGGUGCUACCCACUGGAGAACGGAAAGCAAUACUGCGGAAUCGGAUUCCCCAUGGGUUGUCUUGUUCGCAGUGAUGGCGAAGGCUGUCCCAUCAACUCCAUAUAUAAUCAGCCCUUGCAUUAUUAUCCUUUCAAUCAUGUGGAUCUCGAGAUUACAUACCACAGCGGACAAUCGGAGGACUGGGGAAUACAGUUCGGCAACAGUGGACGCAUAAUCUCUGUAAAAGUGACUCCCAAAUCUAUCAAGCACACGGAUCCCAAAAACCCCAACUGUCAGAGCACAGAACCACUGGCAAUCAGUGAGAACUCGUUAAAGGCUGGAGAGCAGCUUGAAAUUGUCUACACGUACAGCGUUAAAUUUGUAAAGAACGAUUCAAUCAAAUGGUCGUCACGUUGGGACUACAUUUUGGAAUCCAUGCCGCACACGAAUAUCCAAUGGUUCUCCAUUCUAAAUUCGCUUGUUAUAGUCCUUUUCCUGAGUGGUAUGGUGGCAAUGAUAAUGCUGCGUACUUUGCACAAAGAUAUUGCUCGCUAUAAUCAGAUGGAUAGCGGUGAGGAUGCCCAGGAGGAGUUUGGCUGGAAGCUGGUCCAUGGUGAUGUGUUCAGGCCGCCGCGUAAGGGCAUGCUGUUGUCGGUUUUUCUGGGCUCUGGUGUGCAGGUGUUGGUAAUGUCCAUGAUCACCUUAGCAUUUGCCUGCCUGGGUUUCUUGUCCCCAGCCAAUCGGGGAGCCCUGAUGACCUGUUCCAUGGUUUUGUUUGUUUCGCUGGGAACACCGGCUGGUUACGUGUCGGCGCGUAUUUACAAGAGUUUCGGGGGGCUGAAAUGGAAGAGUAACGUAAUCCUUACCUCGAUCGUUUGCCCUGGUGUCGUCUUCUCAUUGUUCUUCGUUAUGAACCUGGUGCUGUGGUGGGAAAAUAGCUCCGGAGCUGUGCCAUUUAGCACGCUUAUUGCUCUACUUGCCUUGUGGUUUGGCGUCUCUGUGCCGCUAACCUUUGUUGGAGCUUACUUUGGAUUCCGCAAGCGCGCACUGGAGCACCCUGUGCGUACCAACCAGAUUCCCCGUCAGAUUCCGGACCAAUCCAUCUACACACAGCCUAUUCCUGGUAUCGUUAUGGGCGGCGUUCUACCCUUUGGCUGCAUAUUCAUUCAGUUGUUCUUUAUCCUGAGCUCGCUUUGGUCCAGUCAGAUUUACUACAUGUUCGGCUUUCUGUUCCUGGUCUUUGUCAUAUUGGUUAUCACAUGCUCGGAGACCACCAUUCUGCUGUGCUACUUCCACUUGUGUGCGGAGGACUAUCAUUGGUGGUGGCGCUCCUUUUUGACGUCCGGCUUCACGGCAGUCUAUCUGUUCAUCUACUGCUGCCACUAUUUUGUCACGAAGCUAUCGAUCAAGGACAGUGCAUCAACGUUCCUGUAUUUUGGCUACACGGCCAUUAUGGUAUUUCUGUUCUUCUUGCUGACCGGCUCCAUUGGUUUCUUCGCUUGCUUUUGGUUCAUACGCAAGAUCUAUAGUGUGGUAAAGGUGGAUUAAACAACAUAAUUCAAGAAUAAGCUCGUGCGAAUGUAUUUUUGUAUGUGUAGCCACAAAUUUACACUUAAGCCUAAUGUGUGUGUGAUUUCUGCGCUGUGCGCCCGGCACAGACAGUUUUCGGUUUACUAUAAUUACGAUUGAUAUGUGUAUAAUAACAUAUGUUUGUAUCAGGCAAAAAAACAGUGGAGUAACGAAGCGCGCAAUAAUUUUUAAGCAGUAAACAGCAAACGAGUUGGAGUUAAAAUGACUUGAACCAUCUUUUGUAUAGCUCUUCGUUCUGUUAAUCUUUAGGCGUAAAGUUUAGCAUUCUCCAUUUCCCAGCUCUAGGAACGAUUCCAAAAAAAAAAAAAGUUAUUAAAAAAACUAAAAGCCCUUUAAAAAGUACUGAGCUGCAAAACGAAGUACUUUAAACCCCUUUCUUUACUUGUAAUAUCAAAGCCUAUAAACUGUAAUUAGUGGCUCGUCUUAGCCGUUAUUCGAGCAGGAUUGAAUUCACGUGUAAUAUUUUUAAUACUUUAGUUUAAACUAUUUAAAUCUAACUUGCGACUAAAGAAUAAACAAAACUAUAAAUUACGAA